AUGGCGACCGAAGGCAGCGUCUCGUCGCCACCAUGGCUUCCUCUGGAACUCAUCGAAAUGAUCAUAUUCGAAGCGUGGUCAUCCCCUUUGCCGAUCAACGAACGCGUCGCGCUUUUUACGUCUCUUUGUCGAGUCAACCGUGCCUGGUUGGGUCUCUUCGUCCGCAUCGCCUUCAAGGACGUACACAUCCCGGGCCCCGAUUUCGCCCAGGAUUACCUGCGUCUCAUACGAGGACGACUUUACUUCGGGGACAAUGAUCCGUACUUGAUGAAGAGCUCAGGAUCGUCGACGACGGUCAAUAACCUCUGCCGGUCGUUGACUUUCCACGUCGGUAGAGGCUCCUCAAGCCACCCACUAUACGCUGUAGGCGCGACGCCCUCCAUAACUCUCAGCUGCGCCGCCGCCUCAAAUUUCAUUUCCAGCACGCUGUACAUGGUCACCGUGCUGGAUUACCUCCCCAACUUGCGGCGCGUCUCCCUCCAGUACUUCAAUUGGGGGUUUGAUGACGUCGUGGACCAGGGGCGCCUCGUGGUGUUCCCCAAACAGAUCACCCACCUUGACAUCGCGUUCAGCUACAGCGGGGGACUCGUAACUUCGCUCGUGAGUUCGCUCCGGUCAGACUACUUGCGCCGAUGGCACAGAUACUGGACGCUGCCGCACGUACGCCACCUGUCGAUCCGGGGUGCCCCCAUCAAGUUCGUGGCGGACAUCCUCGCGGCGUGCACUUGCUUGGAGACGCUGGAUAUUGACAACGCAGAGUCACUCCAGGUGCUGCAGCACUCCCCUAGCACCCUGCACACAGUCGCGUUGCACUUGCCCGGGGAAGACCUGGGUAACACAGAGCUUGAGAGGUGGAAGCUGGCCGAAGCGUUGAAGAAAGGGCUUUUAUCCGAUACUACGUCUCCUCGGAUAAUCGUUUAUUGUGGUUCUGUUGAGGGUGGAGCAUGGGAGAUGACCAGGCGGUCUUGCAAGGGAUUUGGGGUACAGCUGGUUCAUUGUCUGGAGUGA